AGCGUAUCUGACUGGCUGCGCGCAAGGAGCAAGCAACUUUCACUUUCAGCACACUUCAGUUCAUAAAAGCGGGAGCUGGAUGGAGAGCUCGCUCCAGAGGUGAACUGCUCUGUCCUGCACACAAUGAGGCUGCUUACCGAGAGGAAGAUUACUACGAAGAUGAUAGGAGGCAAAUUUAAAACUUAUUGGCACCGGUGGAUUUUAAUAUUCUCAAUCCAUCAAUUUUUAUUUGCCUCGUGGGCUCGGUCCGAGGGAAAUACUAUCAGAUAUCAGACCAAUGAGGAGAACGCACCAGGUACGGUCAUCGGAAACCUUGCCAAGGACAUGUCCUUGAGUCUGUCUCAUUCCUCCAAGAGCAAUUUCAGGAUGAUGAAACAAUUCAACGAUUCAUUCAUCAGGGUGAGAGAAAGCGACGGGGAACUCACUGUCGGAGAACGAGUUGACAGGGAGAGAAUCUGCAGACAUUCUCUACAGUGUCUGAUUACUUUUGACGUGGUUAAUUUCUCAAAAGAUCGCUACAAAUUGAUUCACGUUGAGGUGGAAAUAAAGGACAUCAAUGACAACUCUCCGGAGUUUCCAAGCAAGGAGUCUAUAGUGGAAAUCUCAGAGAAUGCAGCAGUUGGGUCCCGCGUCCCUUUAGACCCGGCUGUGGACGCUGAUGUCGGGUCAAACUACAUCCAAAGCUAUCAAAUUUCCGUAAACAGUCAUUUUACCAUUGAUGUGCUCCUGAGAGCGGAUGGGGUUAAAUAUGCGGAAUUGGUACUAAUGAAAGAGCUAGACAGGGAGACUCAAUCAUCAUACACUGUAGAGCUGGUCGCCACAGACGGAGGAAAUCCGUACCGAUCGGGGUCAACAAAGAUAACUAUAAAAGUGACCGACUUUAAUGACAACAGUCCAGUUUUCGACCAAAAUAGUUUCUCAGUCAGUUUGCCAGAGGACGCGCCUGUCGGCACUGUUAUACUGGACUUAAACGCAGUUGAUGCUGAUGAGGGCUUAAACGGAGAGGUCGUUUACGGGUUCGGAAAACAGGUUUCUCAUGAGAUCCGACAACUUUUCCAAGUGGAUAACAAAUCAGGUCGCCUCACUCUCAGGGGCCCCGUGGAUUUUGAGGACAAAAGCACCUAUGAGCUAGACGUGCAGGCGACUGAUCUGGGACCCAACCCCACCCCCUCCGUGUGCAAAAUCAUAAUUCACGUCACCGACGUUAAUGACAAUGCCCCAGAAAUCAGCAUCACCCCUAUGACCUCCAUUACAACUGGCAUUGCAUACAUCAGCGAGGCGGCAGACAAGGACAGUCUGGUGGCGCUCAUCAGCACCAUGGACAGAGACUCUGGAGUUAACAGCCAAGUCUACUGCACGUUAUACGGCCACGACCAUUUCAAACUCCGACAGGCGUACGAGGACAGCUACAUGAUAGUUACAGCAGCAGCCCUAGACAGAGAGCGGAUUAGUGAGUAUAACUUGACAGUCAUGGCUGAGGAUUUCGGGUCACCCCCACUGAGAAAAAUCACUCAGUACACCAUAAGACUCACGGACGAGAAUGACAACGCCCCUCACUUCGCUAAAGCUGUCUAUGAAGUUUCAGUGGUAGAAAACAACGCUCCGGGUGCUUACAUCACCACAGUUGAGGCCACCGACGCGGAUCUGGGCAACAAUGGGAAAAUUACUUACAGGCUUGUGGAGAGCGUUAUCAUGGGAUCCCCAGUGAACACAUUUGUGUCUCUUAACUCAGUGUCUGGCUCUAUAUAUGCACUCAGAAGCUUUAAUUACGAAGUUAUGAAACAGCUAGAUGUACACAUUCAAGCAAGUGAUGGGGGGUCACCACAGCUUCAGAGCAGAGCUGUCAUCAGAUUAAAAAUAGUUGAUCAAAAUGACAACCAGCCUUCUAUCAUAGAGCCUCCCCUUUACAAAGGAUCUGCUGAAGUUUUCCUGCCUAAAGAUGCACCUGCAGGUUAUGUGGUAACCCAGAUAAAGGCAACAGAUGCUGAUGAAGGCAUAAAUGCACAGCUGUCCUAUAAAAUCACCGAGGGGGGACACCUGGGUUUCUCUAUCAACAAAGACACAGGCAAGGUGCACGUGAGUCGACAGCUGACGUAUGAUAUCGCAGACAAUGUCAAAGUCACAGUGUCAGUCGCUGACAAUGGAUCCCCCGCACUUACCUCCACAGCUACAAUACAUUUCAGUUUCGUAGAAGGUGCUUUACCAAGUUCACCUUCCUCAGCUCAAAAUGGCAAUGAGGAGCCCUUUGAAUGGGACAUGUCUGUAGCCAUAAUCAUCGUCCUGGCAGGCAGUUGCUCUGUUCUCCUGGUGGCUAUCAUUCUUAUCACAACCAUUUGCAGCCGCAGGAAAAAGGAGACAGGGGAUGGGGGAAGUGAUGAUAAAGAAGAAAUUCCAAAUGUGGAGAAAGUUGAAAGUGGACACAUUGAUUCAUUAAAUCAAAACCACAAAGGCAAAGUGUUUGAUGCCCAUCCAUUUCCAGAGAAUCCUCCAUUGGCCAGCAGCAACACAAUGGAGACAGGCUGCGAGGAUGGCAGACAGACACCAGGGAUGUUUGAUUCAAACAACAGGGUUAUGGAGGGUAAAUUAAAGGGAUAUUCUACACUACCAGGAUAUGGGAAAGAAACUGUCAGGCCGAUAACAAUAUGGAAGGGCAAUUCAUUCACAACAAUCUCAGCAAGAGAUCCACACAUCAGCGGCAAGGACAGUGGAAAAGGAGACAGUGACUUCAAUGACAGCGAUUCUGAUAUAAGUGGAGAUGUGCACAAAAAAGAGUCACCUCCAACGAACAGUCUCUGGGCAUGUACGAAUGAGUGCAAAGUGCUGGGACACUCGGACCGAUGCUGGAGCCCUUCAGCUACAAGACCAAACACGAGCCUGGCCUGCGGUCCCCAUCUGUCAACAUUUUCCAAGACAGCUUCACUUCCCAGGGACACUAGAAGGGAAAACUACUACCCACCUCACAUGCCCAAAACCAGCGGUCUUCAGAGUGUGUAUGAAAAAGUUCAACACCAGGAAUUUGAUUACAUUCUCGUUGGUCCACCGACACCAGCGAGAAUACAGGAAACAGACGAAAUUUCCAUCCCAGAGUAUACAAAAACUUAAGUAAGCUUAAAUGACAGAUCAAACAGUCACUAAGGGAGAUUUUUUUUUCCUCUGUGCUGUCUCUAUACUGUAUAAUACUUCUUAAUCUUAAUAGACUCUAUGUUGGACUGUUGCAGUGUUUUGUAGUAAGUCAUGUGUCUUUUGACUCAUAUAAGACUGUUCAUUGUAUCAUGUGUAAUAUGCAAGAUUUUUUACAUUAUUAAUAAUAUAUUUUUCAUAAUGAUUCAAUGUAAAAAGGAAUUUUAUUAUGAAUUUUUAAAAGCAUGUGUUAAUAUUUAAGGGGCAUGACCUGUGGACAUUUAGGCUGAGAAGGGCCUUUCUGCUGUGGAAAACAAUCAACGUGAAAGAUUGCCAUGUUUGUGGUAGAUUUUAUCACAUUGUUGCACAAAUAAACAGUUAAAAUUUAAUAAAGAGAA